CAUUUGGGAAGUCAGCUUCAUCAAGUGAUCAGUCAUUAAUACGAAGGAAUUCACCUUGUUGCCAUGCGCGAUAUAUUUCACAUUCCUCGGGUAGGGUCUUGAUUUGAUAUAAAGCUCCUGUAUACGACUGAAAAUCCACGACAUCUCACCGAUCUCGACGCUACCACCCCUCGUUGUUCCCUUUCGACACAUCUUCUUAGGCUCCUUAUCUUGUUCUGAAUCUGCAACCACAAAAGGAUGAAGGCAUUCUCGUUCGCGGCCAUUGCCCUGUGCACCCUGACAGUGCCGGUGCUGGGAGCGAUGAUUGAGUCCGAGGCAUCUCCAGACGCCCACAUCGACAAGCGAGCAUUCUUCGACGACAGCUACAAGAUAUUCAUCCGCAAGCGCAACGCUCACGCCUGCAUGAUGUCAAUUGUCUUUAUCGUCUUGUUCCCCUUGGCUGCCAUAUCUCUCCAUCUCCCACUCAAAGGCGUCCGCGUAGUGACACGAAUCCACGCCCCCAUCCAGAUUCUCGGUCUCGCGAUGAUGAUCGGCGCCAUGGGCCUGGGCAUAGACAUUGCCAAGAACGACCUGAACUAUUUCAGCCCAGUAAAGGCGCAUGUCGUGGUGGGCCUGCUGGUGACAUCUACCAUCAUCGUCGUUCAGCCAGCGAUGGGAAUACUUCAGCACCUAUACUUCAAGCGGACAGGCAAGAAAAGUAUAUUUGCGUAUGUCCAUAGAUGGGUCGGUCGAGUCAUGAUCUGUCUGGGCUGGAUCAACUCAGGUCUGGGAUUUCAGCUCGUUGGGGCCCAUCUCAUCCCGACUCAUUCCUGGGUUCGCAACUUUCUCUUGAUGGGAAUCCUGGGAGGGGUCUGGUUCCUUCUGAUGGGUUUCGACGGCUUCCGCAGCCAUCUGGCGAAAAAGGAUAAGCUUUCCUCAUAUCGUGUUGUGUGGGAUAAAGGACUUAGGCUUCGUACUCCAAUGCAGGGUCAGGACCAUGCCAUGGAGUCCUCAAAGAGCAAAUUGAACAGCUCGUAGGAAGACAGAAUAGCGAGGUAAGGACGACACUUACCGUCUGCUCUUGGUGGUGCCUUGUUCUGUCGACUUUACACAGACUUGAGUUGUUGUUGUCAGAUAUUGCAGAAUAGAUUCAUAAGAGCAUCUGCUUCAACGUCGACGGCCUCGAUUCCGCUGCCCCACCACAUUGGGGUGUGCCGUGUGGGGCUAAGAUA